AUGGAAGAGCACAUCCUUCACACCGACUUCGGGGACCUAUACACUGCAAGUAGCAGACCCUCAAAUACCUCGACGAUAAAGUCUAGCAGUCCAACCCUCCUCUUACUCCACGGGCAAGGAUUCAGCUCGCGAGUCUUCGGUCCUCUCAUCGAGCAUGCAACCUCGUUGACCCAGAAUCAUUCCAUCAUUGUUUUCGACUACCCUGCCACGGCCGCUCCACCAACGCCCCGGACCCAAGCCAAGCCAAUUAUCACUACGCUACGCCUGCGCAGCGGUCAAGAUGUGAUCGUCUUGGGUUGGAGCGUCGGCGGCCACGUCGCACUCGAACUCAUCUCUGCCAUUGCAGCGGCCUCUGCAUCAAUCAAAAUCCACGGCAUCAUGAUCUGCGGCACACCUCCAGUACCCAAGCAGCAUAUCUCCGGGUUCAAAAAGGACGGCGCCGACGUCUCUGCCCUUUUCAACCCGGACGCGACGGACGAGGACCUCGGCAAAGUCGCCGAUACGCUCAUCCAGACCAGACCAGUACCGCAGUUCAUCAUUGACGACUUACAAAGACUAGAUCGCCGGGCAGGACGAUCAAUGAUUGUCAAGCAUAUGGAGGGGUCGUCGAGCAAUCAGGUCGAGCUGUUGCAUCAGUCAAGGGAAAAUGGGUUGCGGUCGUGA